GAAGAAGUACGCCGCAUUCUGAUUGGACGGUUGUAGAACAGUUUCAGACAUGGCCGAAGCAGCAGCAGCAGGAGGACCUCAGAGUGGACCUCAAAGUGGACCUCAAAGUGGACCUUUUUACCACAAAGAGAGGAUAAAGUCCAGUCCGGAGGAGGAGGCCCGGCUGGAGAGACUUCACUUCUGGAGGAUAAUCGAUGCUUUUCGAUAUUACCGGUGAGUGAGGAUGAACAUGGCGGUAUUUGAAGACAGUUUGAUUCUGUUGUUGUUGUUUUUCGGUUUGGAGGGAAACUGUUCAUCACCGUUUCUGUUUCUCUCUUUAUGUAAGGUUUAAGUUUGUGUUUCCAAAAGACACUUCAGACUUUAUUUAACCAGUUUAAGGUGGAAUUUCUUUGAUAAUGUUCUGAAAACACCUCUGUGUCAUCAAACCCUGUUACCCACCGACACUGAGGACUGAAGAGGGUCCGAGUGUGUGAAAGAUUUUCACUGUAAGGUCAUUAAAACAGUCCAGGAACCAUCUGAGUACAGUUAUAACGCUGUAGACUGGUUCUUAAUGGGAAAGGAGGUGUGAGGAUGUUUAUAUUUCCAAUAUAAAUGAAAGAUGGAUGUCAGAGAUUCAAAAUGUGAGUGUACAACUAUUUCACACCAGACUUAAAGGGAUAUUCCGGCGUAAAAUUAGUUUAGGGUCAAACCCACCGUAACACCGAGUUAGACCCCCCCUCCAGAGAUGAAUGUUGUCGACCGCUUACUUCUCUAGUUAUACCAACUUUAGUAACGACCGCAGGAUAGAAAUACAGAGAGGUCUGAGGAGCCAUAAACAAACUUCAACCAAAACGCCACUCACCUACUCUCUUCCAGCAGCCACUUGUUUGUAGAGAGACCUCAGACCAGUCCAUUACAGACUACAGCGGGGUGCCACAGCUCAAGGAAGAACAUUUAUGAUCAUUUCUUCAUGGAAAUACAAUCAGACCGAGAAGCUAAGACAGAAGAACUACCGCGUCUGUAAAAUGAUUAAUAUGAUGAUUAUUACUACAAGGAAAUGAUAAAGAAAUGAUCAUAAAUGUUCUUCCUUGAGCUGCAGCACCCCGCUGUAGUCCGUAAUGGACUGGCUUGAGGUCUCUCUACAAACAAGCGUCUGCUGGAAGAGAGUAGGUGAGUUGUGUUUAGUCUCUUUGCUGAAGAAAUGAGUCAAAGUUAAAAAGAUGUUUGGUGUCUAGUACUAUGUCUGUGACCCUAUAUGUACUAACCUCAGUAGAUCAUGGUGUAGUUCUGUUCAGUAACAGAACCUCAUUGGAAAAUUAGCUGAUUUAACUUUACUGUGCUCUUGUUCAAAUAUAUUAACUCAACAGCACAUAAAUCCAUACCUGUUAACAAAAUCAUGAUUUUAUUGAUAAUUCGGCUCAAUAAAAACACCUUUACCUUUUCAUUUUACUACAGUAGAAGUUUAUUAGCCCAGAUUAUAGACUACAGAAGGGGAGAAACGCCCCCACUUAAGUUUUCUUAGGAGUUAGAACAACUCUGAAUAUAGUACUAUGUCUGUGACCCUAUAUGUCCUGUUGAUGAAGUUAGGUGCUGUUCUGAACAUUAUUUGUGGCUAUAGAGUGGCGUUUUGGUUGAGGGCGUGGCUCUCUGUAUUUCUAUCCUGCGGUCGUUACUAAAGUUGGUAUAACUAGAGAAGCAAGCGGUCGACAACAUUCAUCUCUGGAGGGGGGGUCUAACUCUGGGUUACGGUGUGUUUGAUUCUAACCUAAUUUCACGCUGGAAUAUCCCUUUAAAUUUAGUCAGUAUUAUCACUGAAAUUAAACAUUGACAAAAUUACUAUAAUUGAGUAACCCCAGUUAUGAGAAAAAUGAAGUUAUUUCAACUGUAAACCAUGUAAAGCUCCCACAACCCUAUCUGAAGGAUAACACAAAUCCUGAGAGUCUAACACUCCUUCUUAAUGAGAGACUGAUCUUCAUUUGUGGACUCAAAACAUGAAUCAGAACCUUCUCUGAAUUCUUGUUCUGUCAGGGUCCAUGUCGGGGAGCAGGUCAAACGGGCCGAGCGUCAGUUCCUGAGUUUACCGAAGCACCACCAGAAUUUGCUGCCAAAUGUUUUAUCGAACCUGUCCCGGAUCAGGCAGUGUGCCGACCACAACCAGGAGGUGCUGCAGGCCAUCAUUCACAACAGCCUCAACAUGUUUGAGAACAUCGAGUACGGAUCGAGGGUAAGCUCUGACCUCCUGUACAAAUACUGAAUACACACGCACGCACACUAAGGCUGCACGAUAUUGGGAAAAAAUAAUAUUGCGAUUUUUUUCAACCCUGCGAUAUAUAUUGCGAUAUUAAAAAUACAGGAAUUUUCACCAGAUGACCUGAAUAGCACUUAAUGUUUUGCUGCACUGCUGAAAUCUUGAGGACAGUUCAUCUGCUCUGAUCUUACCUCUUUUUGUUAAUGUUAGUAGAACGGCUUCUGUCUGUCUCAAGAGAUAUUUUCAGCUUUUAUUGUGCUGGGACGUUAUUGUGGCAACAGAUGAACACAGAAGACGUGUUUUGGUCGACAUCAUCCUUCUUUUAACCGAAAUAAUUCCAGAUAACUGACUUUCCUUUUCUUUUGGGCAACAAUAUCUUCAUUUUCGGUGGUUUUCGCUUGUUCGUUGUUCAUUUUGCGAUCGUUGUUGUUGUUGUUAGCGGUGUUGUGCCGAGAAACGCAUGUCCUCCGAGAAUUGCAUGCACCUCGCAAAACGCGCAUUGCUUAUAGUAGAGUGGUCCACGGAAAUGUACAAUUUAAAACCCAUACAGUUCUUAUUUGUUGGGCUUAAUAGUCAUGAGUAAAGUUCCGAAAGUAAUUCUCAGCGGACACACGUCUCACUCCAUGUGCAGAACAUGUGCAGGGGUGGGUUUCCUCCUCCCUGAUUUUGAUUGACAGCUGGCAGGGUAGUCUGAUUGGCAACUGAGAAGUGAGUCUGAUUGGCAACUGAGUAAAGGACGAAGGCGAUUGGUGGAUCGCUGCACAGCACAUGCAGAGUCACAUGGAGUGUAUCUCAGUCGGUUACCCUUGAAAUUAAAUGAGUUCAUUCACCUCCAAUAUCGCAGGCUCUGCGAUGUGACUAUCGCACACACGUACAUCGCGAUGACGAUGUUCAAACGAUAUAUCGUGCAGGCCUAACGCACACACAUAGGAUGGGGGUUAAUAUUUGUCCAAACAGCUCUGUCAGUGAUAUUCCUUUAAAUCCAACUUCAGGUGGAUCCACAAAAGUCGCGCCCGUCCUCAACCUUCGACAUGGACAAGUUAAAAUCAACGAUAAAGCAGUUUGUCAGAGACUGGAGUGAGGCGGGCCGAGCUGAGAGGGACUCCUGCUACCAGCCAAUCAUUCAAGAGAUCCAAAGACUCUUCCCGAGCGACCAAUAGUAGGAAACACUCACUCACUCACGCUGACAUGAUGCAUGUUCACAACAAAAAUAAAUCCAUAAUGUGAUCAUUUUUCAAGCAGACGGAUGAUUCUUAGAAUGUUUUUGAUCAUGUGACUUUCUCCAUGUUUUCCAUGUGAUAUGUGCAUUCUACAUAUUUUAUUAUGUCAGUGAUGUGUCUAAGGUGAGCGUGCUGGUCCCUGGCGCCGGGCUCGGACGUCUCGCCUGGGAGAUAGCUCGGUUAGGUUACACCUGCCAGGGCAACGAGUGGAGCUUCUUCAUGCUCUUCUCCUCGAACUUUGUCCUCAACAGGUACAGCACCACGUCCACCGACACCAGCACUGCCUCACAAAACACACAAUGUCCUCUUAAGAUUACAUAAAUCCAAACUAUCUGGGCCUGUGAUGAUGAUGAUGAUGAUGAUGAUGAUGAUGAUGAUGAUGAUGAUGAUGAUGAAAACUGUGUAAACGAUCCGAUCAGACCGUGGCCUUCACUUUCAGUUGUUUGCGGUUUAACCUCAUACACAUCAGUUUACCACUUCCAUCCAUCCACAGCUGUCCUCACACAUUUGGACUGCUUUAUUCAGGUGUGAAAACGUGAACUCUCUGACCCUGUACCCCUGGAUCCACCAGUUUAGCAACAUCAAGAAAUCCACGGACCAAACACGACCAAUCACAUUCCCUGACGUCGACCCUCAGAGCUUACCCCUGACCACAGACUUCUCCAUGGUAGCAGGCGACUUUGUGGAAGUCUACAACGAACCAGGUCGGUGAAAACUUCACGGCUCAGUGUGGAGAUGUUUGUGGCGAGGUGGAUCAGGAUACUGUAGUUUGUUUGGCGGCAUUAAGAAAGUAUUUUUAGGUUUUGUUAACGAGACAAUGAGGAGGUGAAGAUGUUUGAGGUGAAUCUUUGAUAAUCACCUUUUCUGCAGAUAAUCCGUCAUUUAAAAUACAAAAACAACAAGCGCUUCAGCUGCUCCCUUUCAGACCUGAAGGUCACGUCUGAACUUUGUGUCUGUUUCUGACAGAUUCCUGGGAUUGUGUGGCGACCUGCUUCUUCAUCGACACGGCUCAUAACGUAAUCGAGUACGUGGAGACCAUCUGGAAGAUUCUCAAACCGGGGGGAGUCUGGAUAAACCUGGGUGAGCACGCGCUGCAUAGAUAUUUACUUGUUCAAGUUUGACAGUAAAGUUUAGAAACGUGAGUUUGUGAUGAUAUUUUAGAUACUGAAGAAAACUUCCUUUUUUAAAGCUCUCAGUGCAAGAAUAGAAAAUAAAAACACACUUUUCUCACAGCGAUAAUGAAGAAUAGAUCAAAUUAUAUCCUGUAAAGUUAUGAGAUUAUUGUGUGAUUAUCUCACAUUUAUCCAUGAAACUCAGUUUUAAUCACUUCCACAUUUUCAUCUUAAGCAGAAAACUUCGGUAAAAUAAAACUAAAGAGGCAGUGAUGAGGACUGACAGGAUGUUAUUGAUACCAGUGCCAUUAUUGAUUCUGGUGAUCAGUCUAGUUCUCAAUCACCUCCUCUGAAUAUGAAGUAGAUUUCAGUUUAAAACAAAGUAGAAAGAAAGUCUAAUAAUAAAAUAUGAAGCUGACGAGUCGUGUUUUGUAAUAUUCAGACGUUCUGACUUUGCUUUAGUUUGUUUCCUUUUAUGUGGUCGUAGUAUUGUUUGUAAAGUUAAAGGAAAAUAACCUGAAGUGGACAGACCUUUUACGUUAUUGUUUUUUCUGUUCUGAGUGAGGGGAAGGUAAAAUCAGCUUUGUCUUCUACCUGCUCCCUUCCAGUCAUGUGAUGGAUUUGUUAAAUUCUUUUUGUAUGGAUGGAAAUGCUUAAAAAGGCCAUGAGCCGAACAAAUAAAAACCAACAAACAAACGAACCUUAAAAGUGCAGUUUUCUGGGAUGUUUUAUCUCUGAGUGAAAGUCCGUCUCUUCUUUUAGGUCCUCUGCUGUAUCACUUUGAGAACAUGGCCAAUGAGCUCUCCGUUGAACUGACUUAUGAAGACAUCAGGACAGCCAUCCUGAACCUUGGCUUCCAUUUAGAGGUGAGCACAGAGCUCGGCUUCUUCUCAACACUUCACAUCACUUUACUUUCAUGAAUCUAAAAUAUUUUUUUCUUGUUUUCCUGCAGGUGGAGAAGGAGUCGGUUCAGACCACCUACACGGAGAACGAGCGCUCCAUGUUGAGAUACGUCUACGACUGUGUUUUCUUUGUGGCACGAAAACCUGCAGAUCUGUACUUUAACGGACAGGAGGAGGACGAUGACCUGCAGCAGAGCUCCUCGCCGGCUGCUAAAGCGCCGCGGAGGGAGGGUUAUGACCGCCUGACGUGACAGGAAGUCCUCAUAAAUCUUUACCUGAGGAGAAAUAACUAAAGAGCAGCGAGACUGAGAAAAGAGAGAAACACUGACACUGAAAGAAGGAGGCCAGAGAGGAAACUUUUCUACUGUCUCCUCUCUGUGAGAAUGCAGCUCCUGAGGAGAUCAACCCAGCUCCACAGACCCUGUCUCUGCUCUGUUUAGGCCAAAAUCACAAUCCUCUGUAACAUUCAGAACAACUAAAGCUUCAUGUCCUUCAGAUCCAGAGUUUGAGGGAAGUUUGAUGAUCGUUUGUGUUUUGCGUGUCAGCGAGGAGCCAGAAAAAGUCGAUUUCUUUAACCUGCUGAUCGCCUCCGAUCUUUAUAAUUCUCAUCUCCAGUGACUUUAACUGCCUGUGCGUGUGCAUGUGUGUGUAUGUGUGUGUGUGUGUGUGUAUGAGAGAGCGCCUGCAUAUUAACAUUUGCUUUUGAAAGUGUAUUUAUUUUUUCAGAUACUUUGCUGGUAGCUGCCUUAUUGGUCACUCUGCUCUGUCCAUGUAAACAUGUUUCAGCUUUAAAGAUCGAAUGUUUUUAAGUUGAUGACUCUCACUCACGUUCCUGGUUUCUUAUCUCACUUUGGAAUAAAGCCAAACAUUUUAAAAGUC